UACCUCAAAUUAGAAAAAAAAAAGUUUGAAGAGAAUUUUCGACGGAAAAUUUAUUAAAAUAGAAAAGCCUUCAAAAAAAGUUGCGAAAUUCGCUAAUAACGGAAAUAGAUCGGUAGCUUGGUAAAUCGCGGAGCAUUUUAUAAAAUAAAGGAUUUGUAAUUGCGGCCUAGCUUUCAUGCAAAACUAUGCCUUUUUACGGUUUACAUGUUGGCGUAGCUUCUAUCGCAGCGGCUCCAAGCAGUGCGACAUCUGCAUCUGGCAGUGGUGUUAUGUCUAACGGCGGUAAUGAUACCGUUGAUUCUCCUUACGUCUUCCGUAAAAAAUCUGAUGCCUUAGAAGUUUUAAAGAAACACAAGGAUGCCCGUUUAAAGGAAUUUGUUAGUGAAGAUGAGGCCAUUAAAUAUGCCCAAACUGGUUAUGAAGUAGUGCAAAAUAAAUAUAACGAUAAUAAGGCUUCUACUAUCUCACUGGAAAAGGCUGCCUUUCGACUUCCCACUAAGCACGAGCUUAUUGAAUUUCGAAAAAUAAUAGAAUCUGGCGAUUGUGAUCGCGUUAAAAAUAUUAUUUGGGAUAAUCCUAGGUACCUAGUAAGCUCUGGCGAUACGCCAACAACAUUGAAAGAAGGUUAUCGUAAUAAUGCCAUGCAUAUAUGUGCAAUUUCAAAAAAACCUCAAGUAGCUGAACUUAUUCUAAAGACUGUAUAUGAACCAAAAUUUGUCGAUUUGCUGGCUGGUAAAAAGGGCGAUCAAAAAAUGUGUGAAGAAUUGUGCGCAAAUCUGUUAGAUUAUUAUUUAAAUAUGCCGGUGAAAGGAUGCAGUGAAACACCAUUACAUUUAGCCGCGAAAUAUGGUUGCGUCGAGAUGGUGGAACUGCUAACCUCCUAUCCGGAAUGUAAGCUGACAAAAAAUAGUGAAGAUUUACUCCCAAAACAGAUCAUUUGCUCGCGGUUGAGCAAUCCGAAUGCAGAUGUUCUUAAAAAGAUUGAAAUGUUAUUAGGAGAACGUUUUUAUGUUCCCGUGUUGCGAUCUAAUGAUGGAUGCAUGCCAGCACAAAUUGGCCAACCAUUUUCUUCAAACAAUCCACCAAAACUUAACUGUGAUCCCUUAAGUCCAGAGGUGGAAGUUAAAGCUAUUUCUGGUCCAAUGAGCAAGGAACAGGCUAAUAAAUUUUUCCGUCGUUUGAAAACUCCGCCUAGAAAUGGUAGCAAUAUUACUUCACCAAUCGCGAGUAAUUUCUUUAUCUCUCCUAUGAAGUCUCGAACAGUUAAUAGUACUCCAUGCAAAACACCUAAAAAAAGCAUAAACAAUAGUCUCGACUCACUCACUGCCUCCUUAAAGGGACGUUCAUUCUUUAACGUUAGUGACUACAAUGGAUGUGAUAAAUCAUUUUCUUUAGAAGGUUCAUUAGACUAUCAGAAAGAAACUGGCGGUAAAAUGAAUAUACUGCAGAGCACAGAAGAUAAAGAGGCAAAUGUAAAUUUCGCAGUUACUGGUGAAACAAAUAACAAUCGCAAGAAUCUCAUGGGUGAAGAUGAUCAAGAUAAUGCAUACAAAUCUUUAUAUCCGGGAACGCCAUUGCUUCAAAAGAGAAAAUCCGCUUUCUUCAGUUAUCGCGAACCAUACGUCGCUUCUCCUGUAAUGCAGGAAUUAAAUAAUACACAGGAAAUACUGGGAUUUCUUAGAGGAAUUUGUUGACAUACCAAGAAAUAUUGAAAAUAAACCAAGAAGAAGAAAUUUAAUCGACUUGAAAUGGACAAGAUCAUCAAACAUGGCGUACGUUUACGCAGAACGUAUUUUGGUAAAAGCUGGCAGCACUGACAAAGGACUCUUUCGCCACUUCUGCCGAUUAAUGUAGUCUUCUUCCGUGACAAGGCAAUUUUAAUAAAGAGAAUUCAGACUAAACAAAAUUUCGAGAAAUUUCUUACCCAAAUA